AUGCGAGAAGCAUGUGGCUUUAGGUUCAUGGACUUGCCGACCGAAUUGCGCUGGGACAUCUACAACUAUCUGCCGGAAAUCGCUUACGAGCCCGUUUUCCCCGAGCCCUUUAUCUGCAGCUGGAAGGUAUAUCGAAUGCCAACCUCACUGCUUCAAGUCAACAAGACUAUAUACCAGGAUGCGAAGCACCCCUCGGUACAGAAACAGGUACAGAAAGUUAAUGACCCGUUUCAACCCAAAAUCGUUCUCGGGCCGACGCACAAACAGAUAUCCCCUGUAUACAUCGCGCUCUCACGCACCUUCUAUCAAGCCGGCAAACGAUUGCACACAAAUCUAGGUGGGUUUCAAGAGCUUGGUAACGAAAUUGAGAAUAUAAGCCUCGAACUCGCAUCUUGGUACAACGAUACGUAUCUGCAUCAUGUCUCUUUCCAUUGGAAGCAAGGGAGCCAGCAGGAGACACAGGACAGCUUGGACAGGGAGGGGGAGAUGUCCGAGGUUUUGACGUAUCUGCCCCAGCAUAUUUCUGGUGGACACGAAGAAACUUUCGAGACCCCGACAGAGUGUAGGCCCGAAAGCCUGCAUAGGUAUUCGGAGUAUGUCGCUAUCUCUCACGUAUGGGCUGAUGGUCUGGGAAAUGCCUUCGAGAAUGGUCUGCCAAUGUGCCAACUUCGUAUGCUCCAAACGUACUUUGUACACAUCGCCAAAGACAGACCGACUAUGUCCUUAUUCAACAAGAGGACGACUAAUACCCUCUUUUGGAUGGACACAUUGUGUAUUCCAGUGCAAUAUACGCCUUCAGGAGUUCCUAUGUUCAGCGACAUCAAGAGAAAAGCUAUCGACAAAAUGAGCAUUGUCUACUCGUCGAGUAGUCAUACACUUGUCCUUGACGCGGAGAUGAGGACGAUACCCAUGGCUGCCAAUGACGCGACUAAGCUCGCUUACAUCCAGUGUUGCGGGUGGACAACGCGAUCCUGGACUCUACAGGAAGGCUGCUUGCCUCCCUCUACGAUUUACGCUCUCUCAGACGGCAUAUUUUCUCAUAAGGCUGCACGGCUCGCCAUGGCUCAAUGCACAAUACCUGUCCGUUGUUUCCGUGUUGCGGAUCCCGGCUCUGUAGCACGGCAAAUUGAUUCAUCAAUACAGCGUGAAAUUUGGACAUCAGUAUCGCUUCGAUCUUUCAGCAUCUGGGAUCCCUUCAAGCCAGAACAUCCAAAACUCAAGGAUCUCCUAGUGCGCGAUAGAUUUGCCCGAGUUUGGAAUGAGCUACUUGAUCGUGUAUCGAGUCUACCUGCCGAUACGCCUGCAAUAUUUGCCAAUCUGCUUGGUAAAGAUGCUGACGACUUGGGGCCAUUACUUACCGUCUCUUUGGACCCCCCCGAGCGCCUCAUUCAAAAAUACUGGUUCAAUCCAGUUGCAAUCUUUGCAACACAUUAUAGCAUCUGGACUGCUAUAGCACCCCAUGGUACUAAGACACCGCCAUAUACCGGUAAUACUCGGCUUAUUCUCAUUAUACCUGCGUGGUUCAUCAUGCCGCUAGUGGUCUAUCUCUAUCAAAGUGUUAUCUUGCAACACGUAGCGAAACGAAGAUUCCUUGAGCCACUCAGCUAUCGGGGACAACCAAGCUGGCCUUUUAGGUUCGGGGAAAGAAAUCUCCGGCAUCGUAUAUAUGCUGCUUUGGUCGCUCAUUGGCACAUCAUGCUCUUCGGUCCUGUCCUUGACGGCCUGUUUUGGAUCAUCCUAGUGAGAUCUGGAAGAAUGACUUUCAAGGGAACUUUCUUGUCCAGGUUCCAAUUGCUCUUAACUCUUCUCAUGGUGGCACAGUGGUACCUCUCCCUUGGGACUGAAGAUCCAAAAGUCGUUUUAGGGAGAGAUGCACAACGAUUCUACAUUUUUCUCAUGGUCGUAGGCUUUGCCAGAUUGGUGUACGACGCGUGUACUAACGGACCGAAAUGGGAUGUGUUUUUGCAGUAUGUUGAGAUAUUUCUCCAAUUCACUUGGGGGCAAAGCACUAUCCCGUUUGCAAUCAGUAUGGCAAGGCUUACCGAGUCUGAGGCAGACUGUUAUUGGGGCGAGUUUCGCACCAAACUUCAGGUGAAAUGGAACGAAAUUCGACAACAAUGGAACCAAGUUCUCCGCCGUCGAGGAGCAAGAGGGGUUCCACAAGCGCGGCUCUAG